AUGCCAUCGUUGAUCUCAUUUCUCAUUAUCUUUUAUUAUUUUAUUCGAUUGCGCAAAAGGUUACUUUUUGAUCGUAUCAAUCAUCAUGUUAUUUUAUGCAUAUUAAUCAGUGACUUUUUGUUAAUUGUAACUGCCUUACCAUUUGCGUUGCACUAUCUUUCAUUAGGAUAUGUGCAGACUAAAAAAGUAUGUUUAUUUUGGAUUUUUUGGAGUUAUUCUCUUGGAGCUGCAUCUUUAUUUCUUACAGUGUAUACAUCGAUUGAGCGUUACCUAUUAGUAUUUCAUAAACAAUGUAUUGUGAACCAUCAAUUAUUGCUUCAUUAUAUUCCAUUGGGAUUCGCAGUUUCUUAUGCUUUCGGUAUUUACAUGUAUCUUGUCCUAUUGUUUCCAUGCACACCAAGUUAUCAGUACGAUUUAAUGACAUUUGUGUGUGGAGGACCCUGCUAUAUGAAUGCUUUUGUUCAAAGCAUGUAUGAUACAAUUGUUGAUACAAUGUUACCACCUUGUGUUUCAUUGAUUUUCAAUAUAUUAUUUAUUGUUCGUGUGAUUAGACUCAAACGAAAAGUGACACCAUCAAUAUUGAUAUCGAAUACAUUGAAAAAAAGCCGACGAAUGACAUUACAAUUAUUUGCCAUAAGGUUAAUGGCUUUAAUAAAUUGGAUGCCUUGGGUUGUUAUAAUCUUAGUACAAGAUUUUUAUGAUCCAUCAUUUGGUGAGCAGUUUAUUAACAAUGUCAUUUAUUAUGUACCAUAUUUUACAUGUUCUGCUUCACCGUUUUUGGCAUUGAUUGGCCUGCCAGAGAUCCGUGAAGAAUUCAAGAAAAUAAUGUAUCGACCCACGAUUGCUCGGCAUACGAUUGGUACAACUAUAAACAAUGACAAACACGAACAGUAG